GUCCUUUUUUAACUUUCUUCAAAAAAUAUCAACUUUUCUCGGGUUUGCAUUGAAUAAGUGCCUUUUUUUUUUAUAUUUAUAUCUCUUUCUUUAAUAAAAAUUAUAUAAAAAAAUGAGUUAUGCCAAAAGAGACGAAGACUCAGGAGACGUCAAUGUCUUUUCUCAAAUAAACAAAUCAACUGUGCUUCAAGAAGCUCGUGUUUUCAACGACUCACCCAUCAAUGUUCGAAAGUGUAGAUUGUUACUCACAAAGAUUAUCUAUUUGCUUUCAUUGGGCGAACCCUUCAACUCACAAGAAGCAACAGAUCUUUUCUUCAACGUCAUUAAGCUUUUCCAGUCCAAGGAUACCUCUUUAAGACAAAUGAUGUACCUUGUUAUCAAGGAAUUAUCAGGCAUUGCCCAAGAUGUUAUCAUGGUGACUCAAUCUUUAAUAAAGGACAUUCAGUCCAAACAAGAAACUAUUUACCGUGCCAAUGCUAUUCGUGCCUUAUGUCUCAUUACCGAUCCUUCCAUGAUCCAAGGUAUUGAACGUAUCAUUAAAGCAUCAAUUGUGGAUAAAAACCCUUCUGUAUCUGCCGCUGCACUUGUUUCUUCUUACCACCUCUUUGGUGCCUCCAAAGAGAUUGUUCGUCGUUGGGCAACCGAAGUGCAAGAAGCUGCCAUCGCUAAACAAUCAGGCGGACUUGCGUCAGUCGCAUCGAGCUAUAUCUCUAGUUUUGGCGGUCAGGCUGCUAACCAGUCUCAAGUAGUUCAAUCCACCAGCAGUAUUGCUCAGUAUCAUGCCAUCGGUCUCUUGUACCUUAUCCGUCAACAGGAUCGUAUGGCUGUGGCUAAAUUAGUUCAGACUUUUUCAGGUACUGGUCGCGGUGCCAGUGGAACUUUAAAAAACCCUGCCGCUGUCUGUAUUUUAAUCCGAUAUGCUUGUAAAGUCAUGGAAGACGAGCCUGGAUCCACAAAGCGUAUCUAUGAACUUUUAGAAGGAUAUUUAAGACACAAGAGUGACAUGGUAAACUUGGAAGCCGCUCGUGCUAUUUGUGAAAUGAAGGACGCUUCUGCCAAAGAGCUUUAUCCUGCCAUCUCUGUUUUGCAACUCUUCUUAUCUUCUCCCAAACCUACUUUACGUUUUGCUUCUAUCCGUAUUUUAAACACGCUUGCUUUAUCCAAGCCCACUGCCGUUUCACCCUGUAAUUUAGAUAUCGAGAAUUUGGUUGCGGAUCAAAACCGUAGUAUUGCUACAUUUGCCAUCACCACUUUACUCAAGACCGGUAACGAAGCCUCCGUGGACCGUUUAAUGAAACAAAUCUCGAGUUUCAUGGGCGAGAUCUCGGACGAAUUCAAGGUUAUUGUGGUCGAAGCCAUUCGUUCACUUUGCAUGAAGUUCCCCAACAAGCAAGCUGUCAUGCUCACCUUUUUAAGCAGUAUCUUACGUGACGAAGGAGGUUAUGAGUUUAAAAAAGCCGUGGUCGAAGCCAUUUUUGAUAUGGUCCGUUUUAUUUCAGACUCCAAGGAUGCAGCUUUGUCUUAUUUAUGUGAGUUUAUCGAAGACUGUGAAUUCACCAAACUUUCAGUGCGUGUUUUACAUAUGCUUGGAGCUGAAGGACCCAAGACAUCCACACCCACCAAGUAUAUUCGAUAUAUUUACAACCGUGUGAUUUUAGAAAACUCCAUUAUUCGUGGUGCCGCUGUCAGUGCACUUGCCAAAUUCGGUGUCAACUGUCCCGACGUGGGUGUAAAGCAAAGUGUGAACGUUUUAUUGACCCGUUGUCAAGACGAUGUGGAUGAUGAAGUACGUGAUCGUGCUACCUUGGCCCUCGAAAUGAUGAAAAAUGCUGAAUUGGCUAAACUUUAUUGUGUCGAUGAUUCUACCUUUGCACUUCCCAUCCUCGAGCGUGAAUUAGUGGACUAUGUGAACCUUCAGGGUAACGAGAAGGCCUUCAAUUUGGGGUCGGUGCCUGUCAUCAGUAAAGCACAGGAAGAUGAAGAGCGUCGUCGUAACAGACCUCAAGAUUUGACCACCACAUUGUUAUCUACAACCCCUGCUUCCUCCUCCACACCUGCCACACCUCAAGCAGAUAAGAGCGGAAGAGCAACCAGCCAUUUGGAUCAACAAGCUGCCUAUGCUGAGGCAUUAUCUGCCAUUCCUCAAGUGGCCGCCUUUGGUGCCUUGUUCAAGAGUUCUCCCAAGAUUGAAGUCACUGAAAGUGAAACAGAAUAUACUGUCAAUUGUGUCAAACAUACUUUUGCCAAACACAUUUUGUUCCAAUUUAACUGUCUCAACACACUCAAUGAUCAGUUAUUAGAAAAUGUUGAAAUGGUAAUGCAAAUUGAUGAUGAAGAGGCUGGAUUAGUUAAAGUGUUGGAGAUUCCUGCUUCCAAAUUACAAUACGAUGUUCCUGGUCAGAUUUAUGUUGCUUAUGAAAGAGAAGAUGUGGAUGAUUUCCCCAUUGCUUCAUUCACAAACACAUUGAAAUUUGUCGUCAAGGACUGUGAUCCCACUACGGGUGAACCUGAUGAAGAGGGAUACGAGGACGAAUACCAAGUGGAAGAUUUAGAUUUAUUGACCAGCGAUUAUAUCCGACCCACGUAUGUAUCCAACUUUGAGGAAGAGUUCCAAAGUUAUGGAGAGGGAGAAGCAAUAGAGACAUUGGCUUUAGAUCGUGAGAAGGCACCUAGUCUUCAAGCAGCAUGUACUGCGAUUAUAGAUUUAUUAGGCAUGCAACCUCUUGACGAUACUUCGUUGCCACGUAAUCCUAACGUUCAUACAUUGAUUAUGGCUGGUACAUUUUUGACAGGAGAAAAGGUGUUGGCAAAAUGUCGUAUGACGUUUAAUUCUACCUCGGGCGUUGCAUUUGAAAUGGCAGUGAGAAGUGAAGAUCUUACUAUUUCUCAAAUCGUACUUUCUGCUAUUGCUUAAAAAAAAAAAAUCAAACAAAUAAAAAAAAGAUUUUGUUUUAUUAUUAUUACU